AUGUCGUCGCGGAAGGAUGAGCUACUCGCGAAAAAAGCCCGCUUGGCCGAAUUGAAGCGGCAGAGGGAGCUGCGACAGGAGCAAUAUGCAUCCAGUCGGCGAAGUAUUGGAGAGGCUCCGUCGCCCAGCAAAACGGCGGAAGAGCGAAGAUCUGAAAUCGAUAGCCUCGUCUCAAGUCUGAUCGAUUCCCGGAGAGACUCGAUCGCGACUCCGAGCCGAAGGCAGAGCCGACCCAGUUCUGUUCAAGACACAGGGCAGACCACCCCUCAAAAUGGAUUUGAAUCCUCGCCCAGACGGGUAAUGCAAUCUACGUCGACGCAGACCGAGCCUACGGACGCUUCGUUUCCUAUCUACGCAGAUGCGGCUGCGCAUGAACGGGCCCCGCCCAAGAAGGAGUACAUAACGUAUUCGAAAGGCGUGCAGACCGAGCCCUACACGGAUAACAUAGACAUCCAAGACGGUGCUGGUGAUGAUGUUGUCGACUCACCCGCGCGCGCGCGCAAACAACCAAGCAGGCGCGGUGAAGAGAAGGACGAAGAGAUCCGAGAGACGCUUCGGCGGGAAAUCGAAGAGGAGAUCAAGGCGACUUUCAAUCGAGAAACGGACGCCUCUGCGUCGAUACAGUCCCGGCAGCGCUUCCCGUUGCGGAAUCUUACCAACAACGAGCUUAACGCCGUCGUUGCAUCUCCCGACUUUGUGGCGUUCGUGGAGCGGUCUUCCAAGGUUAUCGAGCGCGCACUGGACCUGGAUGAUGAGUACGACGUGCUAGCGGACUACACUCGAACCUCCACGUUGGACGAUGAUGACGAGGAUACCGAUGGUCCUUACUCACGCACUGGCAAGAAGUCACAUUCUCUACGUGAAACAAUGCAGCUGUUCUCAGACCGGCAUACCCGCCGACGCAUCGUUUCGGACAUCCAAUUCUCACCACACUUCAAUGAAUUGCUCUUGUCUUCUUACACCAAAAAUCCCUCCGCUCCCCAUGAACCAGCUGGUCUGGUCCUCCUCUGGAAUUCCCACGCACCCUCAAGGCCGGAGUACACGUUCACCGCCUCGUCGGAUGUUCUGUCGGCUCGAUUUUCGCCGUUCCACCCCAAUCUGGUCAUCGGUGGCUGCUACUCGGGCCAGAUAUGUCUCUGGGACACGAGAACGUCUGGUCGAACUGGUCAACCGGUCCAGAAAACUCCUCAAUCGGGGUCUCAUCUCGGCCACACGCACCCGGUAUACAGCAUCAGCGUCGUUGGCACGCCCAACGCCCAUAACAUUGUGACUGCUUCCAUGGACGGUGUCGUCUGCUCAUGGUCUGUCGACAUGCUGGCCCAGGCGCAGGAGUACCUGGUCCUUCAUACGCCCGCCCCCGCGAAAACGGACGAUCUCGCGCCCACCAGCAUGAGUUUCCCGGCAGCCGAUCCCACCUUCUUUGCCGUUGGCACAGAAGAAGGGAGCAUCUACGGAUGCCAUCGGUACGACCGGGCAGGUGCACAAGCCGGCGUGGACACUCGCGUCGCGUACCGAGGACACACAGCCCCCGUAAUGAGCACACAGUUCCAUCCGGCUCGGGGUCCUGUGGAUCUAGGAGAUCUUCUUCUCAGCUCCAGCUCCGACUGGUCUGUGAAACUGUGGCGGGUCAAGCCAGCUGCCGCUUCCACUUCAGCUGCGGCCAUUGCAGCUUCGGCCACGACUCCUGGCCCGGCGGCCCAAGGCCCAAUCUUGGACCUCGGCCGCGAAGACCUGGUGUAUGAUGCGAAGUGGGCGCCUCACAAACCAUCGGUCUUUGGCUGCGUAACCGGUUCCGGCGAUCUGGAGGUGUUUGACCUUACCUAUGACCUCGAAGUCCCAAUUGUAAAGGCUGCUCCGACAAGAGGCAAGAAUGGAAUCGCGCCUUUCCGCGGUUUGAACAAGCUGGCGUGGGAAGAGAAGCGAGGCAGCCACGUGGCAGUUGGUGGACUGGAUGGCGUGGUGACCGUGUUUGACGUCGGGAAAGGGCUACAGUGUGGAAACGGCGAAUGGAGUUCAGAGGAGUGGGUGACGAUGAAGAGACUGGUAAGCAAGCUGGAAGGCGGCAAGUCAUAA